AUGUCCCUUACAUUGGUGGUCAGUGGGAAGAAUGCUCCUUACAUUGGUGGUCAUUGGGAAGAAUGUCCCUUACAUUGGUGGUCAGUGGGAAGAAUGCUCCUUACAUUGGUGAUCAGUGGGAAGAAUGCUUCUUAUAUUGAUGGUCAGUGGGAAAAAUGCUCCUUACAUUGGUGAUCAGUGGGAAGAAUUCUCCUUACAUUGGUGGUCAGUGGGAAGAAUGCUCCUUACAUUGGUGGUCAUUGGGAAGAAUGUCCCUUACAUUGGUGGUCAGUGGGAAGAAUGCUCCUUACAUUGGUGAUCAGUGGGAAGAAUGCUUCUUAUAUUGAUGGUCAGUGGGAAAAAUGCUCCUUACAUUGGUGAUCAGUGGGAAGAAUUCUCCUUACAUUGGUGGUCAGUGGGAAGAAUGCUCCUUACAUUGGUGGUCAUUGGGAAGAAUGUCCCUUACAUUGGUGGUCAUUGGGAAGAAUGUCCCUUACAUUGGUGGUCAGUGGGAAGAAUGCUCAUUACAUUUGUGCUCAUUAAGAAGAAUUCUCCUCACAUUUGUGCUCAUUGGGAAGAAUGUUCCUCAUAUUUGUGGUCUUUGGGAAGAAUUCCCCCCUUGCAGAUAGCU